AUGCAGGGAGCAAAGAAAGCCGGAGAGACCAUUAAGGAAACAGCUGCCAACAUUGGUGCUUCAGCAAAAUCUGGUAUGGAGAAGACCAAAGCCACCGUCCAAGAAAAGACUGAGAAAAUGAGCGCACGUGAUCCGAUACAAAAAGAGACGGCAACCCACAAGAAAGAGGCAAAGAAGAACCAGGCAGAGUUAGAUAAGCAGAUGGCGCGUGAACACAACGCGGCAGUUAAGGAAUCUACCACGGCAGCCCAAAUGGGUCAGGCCCACCACAACACGGGGACUGGAACCACCACAUACCCUACCACGGGUGCCCACCAGGCCGGCACGUACUCUACAACAGGAAAUUAUGGACAGCCCACGGGGACGCAUGAGAUGUCAGCCAUGCCUGGACAUCACAGUGACCAUGUUACACAGGGAGUGGUGGGCUCACACACUAUUGGGACCCAUAGAGACGGGACUGCUACGGCUCAUAAUACUCGUGUUGGUGAAAAUCCAAAUGCCACAGGGUAUACCACUGGUGGUAAUUACAAGUGA